AUAUUAAUUUUGAGGACUUUAUUGUGGUUUUUUGUAGCGUAUUUAUGGCUUAAAACAGGGGAAAUAUCUAGUUUUUCCUCUUUAAUUAUGCUUAUCAGUUGUGAAAUUAGUUCUGUAAUCAGCCAGUAGUGUAUUGUAUGGCAAAAAGUAGUUUCAAAUCGUGAAAAUGUCGAAAGACAAGUGGGUCCGCCGGUUUUCGGUCGAUGAAACAUCUCGGCAUAAAAAUGGAUUCACUAUUUACAAAAUUACGAGUGUGCUGUUCCCAAUACAGUCCCCGGAAGCAAUGACCGUGGUUUCCGUAUGGAAGCGAUACAGUGAUGUGCAACGCCUGCAUGCGUCCAUGCGAGGCCUGCACGCAGGGCUCCACCUGAGGGGCACCUUCCCCACACUCCCCAAGUAUAGUUUCUUUAAACGGUUUCAACAGGAGGUGAUAGAUGAGAGAGCUAAGGUGAUCAAAACAGUAUUAGAGUUCAUUGCCGAACACAAACUUCUCUUCACCAGCACGGAUUUUGUUAAUUUUCUUCAGACCGGCUACCCGGCGCCGGAGCCGCCCCCCGGGGGAGUGAUCAACGCCAUCCGGUCGUCCCUCCAGCUGCCGGUUGAGGAGUGCGCGCCCAUCGAGUACCACACUGAUGAUGAGGACACGCGGAGCCCACUCCACACUGCCCGCCACCCGAACCAGUCAACGGACGAGAUAGACUUCAUAUCGCGCAUCCCGGAGCACCACGCGGCCUCCGUGGAGCGCCCUCGCGGGCCCUCGCCGCCCUCGCCCUCCGCCGGCUCGCUGGACAGCAUCGACAGCGACUUCUACAAUGAGCUGGAUAAGAUGUCAGUCCAAAGCACAAAACCAAUGGUGAAAAAAAACGUCCUGCCUGACCUGAUCAUCUUCGAUGCACCAUCAACGUCUCACUUCGAAGACAUCCACACCAUGAACGAGGCUGAUAACCAAUCAACAUCCAGCAACUUCAACACGGAACAUUCCUAUACGAGAAGUGAUUCGCGAGUGUCAUGCAAAAGUGUAACAACAAGUGUAGUGUCAUCGACUCUGUCAAAUGUUGAGUGUAAAACCAAGACGGAGGAUAGUUAUGUGUUUGAAGCUGGAUAUAUGUUGAAUCUAGCUGCCAGGUACGAAGAUAUGAAGGAGUAUGCUCGGGCGUUUGAGUGUUAUAAAGGUGGAAUUGAGAAGAUGCUCAUUGGCGUUCAUUCGGACACAGACUCCCAGAGGCGCGCGUUGAUCAAGGAGAAGACCAACAAAUACCUGUCGUAUGCCGAGAGUCUGUAUAAGAACCAUCUAUGUGAUGGCGAACAGAGCCUGCUACAAGAGGCGCUCCCCCGCCGGCGCCUGCACUGCCCGCUGCCGGCCUGCAUGCUGCGGCGGCCCUACGCCGAGCUGGCGCUCUACAGGGUGAUCGCCGUGCUCGGCAGCAACAUCAUGCUCGUGCUGCACCGAGCUGAGCAGACAUGCUACGCUAUGAAGGUCAUCCAAAAAAUACCGAACAACCUGACUGAAUUCGACGAGUAUUUCCUGCAGAACACGAACGAGACCCGCCAACCUAUCUUGCCGACCGUCAUCCCAUACAUGGUGCCCUUACACUCCUACAUAGAAACCAACAACCUCAUAUUCCUCAUACUAGCGUACGCUCCGGGCGAGAAACUAUUCGACUACAUAAAAAACUACGCGAAAUCUAUACCCAACACUCCCCAAAGAGAAGUGAACCUCGAAAACGUCUUCACAGAACCGAAAAACAAAAGAGGUGACGUUGAAAAUGAAAACGUAGACAGUAUUAACAAAGUUGAAAAUGUAAAGUCAGCGACGGACUCAGAAAUUAGUAUUAUAGCUAACAUAGAUGAAGUAGAUACAAGUAACAAUAAUAAGACUGAUAAUUAUGACAAUAUGGACGUGUCAGAAAUUGUAUUGAAUUCGCAGAAAUUGUUGAAAAAUGUCGAUAAAGUUUUAAGUGAAGUGUCAAUAGUUGGUGAUAAACCCGUGGAAGAGGAAGACGUCAAAAUUCAAGUCGUUAGUGAUAGGGAAGAGGUUAAAGUACAAAAUGUUGGGAAAGUUGAGAGGAGAGUCGAGACGCCUCCUAUUAACAGGGCGGGCCGCGUGCUGCCCGCGGGCGCCGUGCGGCGCUGGGCGGCGCAGCUGCUCACGGCGCUGGAGAGCCUGCACCACUGCGGGGUGCUGUGCAGGGACCUGAACCCGUCGAACAUCCUGCUAGGCGAGGGCGGACAAGUGAUCCUGACAUAUUUCACAUCGUACUCGGACAUAGAGGUGACUCUAUCCAAACUGCACAGGCCUGGGGUGAUGCUGUAUGUAGCGCCGGAGUUGUACAGGUACUCGUGUGAGAGGGACGAGGUGACCGACGUGCGGGUGUGCGACUACUGGAGCUUCGGGGCGCUCAUGUACCGGCUGCUGUGCGGAGUGCCACUGUCAUACUACCACCGCAGCGUGUUCACGAGUCACACGAUCCUGCAGCUGCCUGAUGGGCUGACUGUGGAAGAACAGUCCCUCCUUACACAGCUCCUAACAUACGAGCCGUCGGAACGCCUCGGCGCUGGCAAGGACGGGAUAGAGGAGAUCAAGCGGCAUCCAUACUUCAAACAGAUCGACUGGGCCCAGGUCUACGAUAGCUGGACUGUUCCAGAAUAAAUCUGUUAGGUCCAGGAUAAUAAAUAAAACUGUUGAUUAGCUGGUAUAAUGAAAUAAUUCGUAACAAAUGAACGACGACACAGCAAUGCCGUCGCUAGCGCGGGGCGGGGGGAGGCUAUCAUGAACAUAUUAUAUAACGUAAGCUCACGACUAUAACCCAAUUGGGGUAGUUAGAGGUACAUCUUCUGUCGUGUGGGUUGUGAGGUGGAUUACCUACCUCAUCAAUUCUGGUGUCAAGGUUACUAUUGAGCCGCCAAAGGCCCCUGACAUGGCUCAUGUAAUGACUACGUAAUAGCAUCAGUAAGUAGUAACCGGAACCAACGGCUUAACGUGCCUUACGAAGCACGGAUCGUCUUACUUUCGAACAAUCAGGUGAUCAGCUUGUCCUAACCAAACUAGGGAUCACAAAGUGAUUUUUGUGAUAUGUCUCCACCAGGAAUUGAACUCAGGACCUCCGGAUCGUGAGCACAACGCUCAACCACUGGACUACGGAGGCCGUUAGAGGUACAUCCAUCGCAAGUUGAACUAAGUACCCACGCGUCACCGAGCUUCCUGUUAAACGUAUUGUGCUUGUGAAUAUUAAUUUGCACUGGUCUAAACAAGUAAAUGACUGACGGAAGAAUCAGAAGGAAAGAGAGGAAGGGGAAGACCAAUAAGAGCUUACAUGGAACAAAUUAAAGAAAAGACUAACGUCGUGUCUUAUGAGGAAGUGAAAGUAUUGGCCUUUGAUAGACAAGAAUGGAGAACGCUACACCGACAAGAGCGUGGCUCUUAAUGAUGCUGGUGAUAUGCACGAAGCGAAUUCAUACGAAAACGCGUCCAAAGAGCCGAGCAGACCGCCUUAUGUAGUUUGCUAUAAUACUGAGUUCACUAGAUCGACUAAUCCGCGCCCGACGUUGCUAUGACAACACAUUAUAAAUGACGACGCUCUGUACAUGGACGCACAGCCUAAACGUGUGGUGGUUAAGAAGGCCACAUUGGAGCAAUUACCUAAAUAAAGCAAUAUUGCUAUUUGACACUUCUUGAUAUUAAUGUAUACGCAACUGUCAAAUUGCAAUAUUGCUUUCUAGAUGAAUUACUUUGGCCUUCUUAGACAGUCACAGUCUUUGUCAAACAAUUAUCCAAUGAGAUAAAAUUUUAAUUAUUUUGAUGACGUAAUUAAUUCGUUUCGAUAUGCAGUUUUAAAAGCGACAUCUAUGGAUUUUAAUGGGAACUCGCACAAAAUCAAUACUGAGGAUGUAGUUCAUAUUACUCACAUAGAUGGCGGUAGUUACGACAUGUUGACCAAAAAACAAUAUUAAAAUUUCUAUUUCUCUUGAAAAUAAAAAAGACGCCUAAUUUAGAGUCUCAAGAUAUUUAGCAAAACAUUCCUGUAACAAUUAUAAAACUUUAGAGCUUAAAAAUAUAAGUGAGAUGAUUUAGUAGGGAUAUGUUUAGUAGGUAGAGAUAUUGUUUAAGGUUUUGAAUUUUAUUUAUAAAUUGUUUUUUUUUGUUCUUUUUACAAGUUUUGCAAGACGAGUCUUGCCAUUGAGUUUGUUUCGCCCAUAAUUUAGCAAGAAGAGUAGAAAGUAGCGAGUAUUUGGUCAAAUAGUUCAAAUAUAUUCUAAAUUAUUUAAAUCUAUUAAUUUCAAAAUGCAUUUUGUUUCCAAAUAUAAUUAUUUACAAAUAAAAAUUUAUGUAACUCUAGGUUAAAUUAUAAUUGUAGAAUUAUUUAAAUUAAUAUUAAUUCAUUACUGGUUAUUCUAGUCAGUUUUGCUAACUGAAAAAUAAAAAUUAAUUGAAAAGUAUAAUGUACUUAGAAUUUGUAGUUUUGGUACAAAUAUAGUAUUUUAAUAUUUAUACAAAAUCUAAUUAUUUAAAAGUAUUUGGUUUUUUAAAUUGUGAUCUCGAUCUUUCGGCUAUAUUUUAUUUAAAUUGGUUCCUGACUUCCUGAUAUUAUGUAAAUGUUUAUUGUUCCUUAAAUUGCAGACAUAUUGAGGUAUAUUGAUAAUAAAAUUCAAGUGGAAAACUUAAAGUUAUUAGUAGUUAUUGCUCGGAUGAAUUUUUAAUAUUUAUGUCUGUUCUGUACAUUGUUUUGUGUUUAUGAAAUCAAAUUAAUUAAGUGUAGGACUGUAUACUGUUACAUUUUUAUAGAAAUAAAACACAAUUUAUGAGA